GACGACUCGUGUAACGCAGCAACUUCCUGGGAGACAUAAACAUAACUUUGACAUUGGCCUCAUUUCUAACCGUCAAACAUGGGCUCGCUGACUUUAAAUUCAAUGAAACAAAUAAUGAGAGCCAUGGUCGACAACCCGGGCUUCGACAGAGUCUUGAGUAAGGUGGAUGUUGUGUCUGCGAGCCCCGGGAAGGUGGUGUGUGAGAUGCGGGUGGAAGAGGAGCACACUAACCGGGGAGGGACGAUGCACGGCGGGCUGACAGCUACUCUGGUGGACGUCAUCUCUACCAUGGCCAUUAUGUACAGCGAUAGAGGAGCCCCGGGGGUCAGCGUGGACAUGAAUAUAACGUACAUGAACGCUGCCAAGAUAGGGGAAGACGUCCUCAUCACUGCACAAGUCUUGAAGCAGGGAAGAACGCUGGCAUUUGCCACAGUAGAUCUCACCAGCAAAGCCACAGGGAAACUUAUUGCACAAGGAAGACAUACAAAACACCUCGGCAGCAGCUAAAGUGUCUCUUCUAACCAAAAUUGUAUCAUUUACUGCUAAAACUUUGGAUUCUGAAUGAAUAUGCACACUACUUUCUGUAUGUGAAGAAGCUUGCAGAACAAAGUUAUGUUUUUCAUAAGUUAUUUGUGUUGGUUUUGUCAAGAAUAUUGAGCAGUGGAUGUUUCUUGUACGCGCAAUAAAGCCAGAUGGACAAAGA